AAACCCCCACUUACCAUGCUGAAGAAGGUGAAACCAGAGUGUGAAGAAGUCAUGGCUGCUGCUCCGGAAAUCACCCUCCAGCUUCUCUGCGAGGAAUCCACAUGCUCCAUCUGCCUGGACUAUUUCAGGGAUCCUGUGAGCAUUACCGAGUGUGGGCACAAUUUCUGCCGAGCCUGCCUGAGCCAGAGCGAGGGGGAAUCAGACACGGAGGCCUCCUGCCCCCAGUGCAGGGGGACCUUCCAGAAGAGCAGCCUCCGGCCCAAUCGGCAGCUGGCCAAGUUUGUGGAAAUCGCUAGGGUAUUAUCAGGGCAGGGGGGGCGAGGGGCCGAAGGGGCCGAAGGGAAGGGGCGAGCCUGCGAGAAGCACCAGGAGCCCCUGAAGCUUUUCUGCAGGGACCACGAAGCUCCCAUCUGCGUGGUGUGCGACAGAGCCAAGGAGCACAAGGAUCACCAGGUGGUUCCCCUGGAGGAGGCGUCCCAGGAGUACCAGGAUCUGCUGCAGCGUCGCCUGGAGAGUCUGAGGAAUGAGAGAGGAAGGAUUUUGGCAUGUAAAGCAGAGGCAGAAAGGGAGAAGCAGGCGCUGCUGGAGCAAAUGAUGGCAGAGCGGGAGGAGACGGUGGCUCAGUUCAGGCGCCUGCAUCAGUUCCUGGAAGAGCAAGAGAAGCGUCACCUGGCUCAGGUGGACGAGCUGCAGGGGGAGAUUGCCAGGAAAGCGGAGGACCACCUGGCCAGGCUUUCCAAGGAACUCUCUUCCCUUGAAGGCAUCAUGCGGGAGGUGGAGGAGAAGAGCCGGCAGCCGGCCGCUGAACUCCUGCAGGAUGUGAGAAACACCUUGCAGAGAAGUGAGGAGGAGCCCUGUGAGAUCCCAGCGGCUUUCCCUCUGGAGCUGAAAUGGAGGGUCUGGGACUUCUCUGACAGAAAGCCUGAUCUGGAGGGAUGGAUGAAACAAUUCCCUGGAGCCAUGAGUGAAUCCAGAGGUAUUAAGAUAAGACUUGGAAGAUCUUUUCCUUCUCUUGCUGCUAUUAUAAGUGAUG